AAACAGAUUAGAUCAUAUUAAAAGAUGAUUAUAUGGCACUGGUCAUGCUUUCAUGAGAAAAUGCCAUUUAAAUUUUAUGAAAUUCUUUAGUUUAAAUAGCCAGUUUAUUAGUCAGAAAUGUGCUAGAGACAUAAUAUUCUAGAUACUUUAUGCCAGUUUAAUAAAUUUGGAUAUAUUUGUAAUCUAUAAUAAUUUCAAAAUAUGUAUUAAAAUCAAGUAAAUAUUUGUAUUUUGAUUUGUCUUUUAUUUUAAUAGUCAUGUCCUGAGAUGAUGGAAAAACUACUUUUUUCUAACAUAUUGGAUAAGGUUAGAGAUAAUGAAGACGAAACUAUGGGAAGGAAACUUGUUGAAGUAGUUAAAUCAACAGCAACUUCCCAAAUGACUAAAGGAGCUGCUUUUAGUGGCUUGAUGAAUGCAUUCAAAAAAAAACGAACAUACUUUCCAAACAACCCAAUACAUGAUGUAGACGGAGUUUUAAUGCUCUUAAUAAAUGUGAAGCAUAUUUUGAAGAGAGAACAUUUUUUAAUUGUUUCAUGCAACAAAAAAACAAACUACAAUUUUUCUUUUUUACAAAAAUGUAAAGUAUUUUAACACACAUUAUAAUGUAAAUGUAUUUAAAAUUAAAACUACAUUAUUUACCAAAAAGUGUAAUUUCUGUAUAACAAAAUUUUCCUGUAGUGAUUAUUUGUUCCCCAGAAUAUAGAAGUUUUUAUAUACAAAGGAAUUACUUUUAUUACAGAUUCAUGAAGCAAACAUGCUGUUGGUCCAAAUAUUAAUCAAUAUCUUUUGCUAGUUUUAAUUUAGAGGGACAAAAAUCGCUCUCAAUCUAUUUUUGAGUUUAUAUUUCUUGUCCGUUUAAUGUUUCCUUUGAUUUUGAUAACUGUCUGUGGUACACAUUAACAUUCAAUGAACUGAAUUUUAGCAUCAUUGUUUAGCAAUUUAAUCAUCAGCCUACUUUCCCUGGCAUGAUGUACUGUACAGGAUCAGUGGAAAUUAAGUAACUAAGAAUUGAGAAAUUGAUAUAAUUUUUUUAAUAAUAAUGCAAUUGUAAUAAACUUUGUGUACAUACAUCAAUAAAUGGAAUUUUUACAAUUCAUAAAUUGAUUGUGUAGGCAGUGACCAAGAGAGGCUGCAUGAACAAUGGCAAACAAGAUGGCUGACCUAUUUGUCUGCUCAGGAAUGAGCACAGAUUGUUGCUUGCUAUGAGGUGUGAAAAUCAGUGGUUGUUGUGCAGAGAUGGUGGCAUUUGGUGAAGGGAGCAUAUGCUACAAUCCAUUUGGAAACAAUCAAGAAUUGUCACUUGAAGCUAAAAUGACCACAGGCUCAGUUGCAUAUGCACAGACAAAUAGCCAUCCAUCCACAUCACAAUAUGAGGAAGGUGGCUGUUGGGAGAUUACACUGGUGCCUACAUUGAAUUUUAAUAGAUGCAUCCAUAUUUCCAUUUAAUAAGACACAUGUCAAAUAAUUUUCAUCAUUGUUAGAAAUACUGUAUAUCAGGAGUGGUGAACCUAUGGCAUGUUUGCCAUAGUUGCACAUAAGGAGAAAUCAUCUUAUAUGUAACAUAUCACAAGUUUGAAAAAGACAGGUUAUAAAGCAAUCAUCCUUUUUUCAAUCAACUUUUUUAUGUUAUCCGAAUAUGCUUUAGACUUUGUAUAAUUUUUUAAAAUGUCAUUUAUUCUAAAGUUUUGGUCUGCUUACUAUAUAGCAUGUGGGCUCAAAAAGGUUUGCAGUCCCUUCUGUAUAUCAACAAACUAUUUUGAUUUAUUGAGAACAAGGAGUAUUAUUUCUUGAUAACCUUCAAAUGUUAUCAAGAAACUACUUUGUUUUCUGAACAUUGAUUUUUCCUAUUAAGUCUUAGUUAUGUGAAGUGUCUGUAUUGAUACAAAACUUGAGAGGGUGUUUCCUAGGAAUGAAGAACUAUCUAUUCAAAGCAUUGAGUUAUUUAUGGAAA